AUGUAUUUGACAGGUUUCAAAGCUUAUGCACUCGACUAUGACUACAGUUAUACAGCCGAGUGUUUGAAAAAUCCUCUCAAACCUCAGUAUAAUGGAGGGAUAGUGGUAAAUUCAGAACUUAAUGAUGGAUUAAAUGGAUGGUCUCUUGCGGGAGGUGCUAAAAUCGGAAACAACGUUUCAAGUGAUGGAAACAAAUUCAUCGUUGCAUCAGAGAGGAAAGGAUCAUAUCAUGGGUUCUCACAAACAUUUCAACUGGACAAAGACAAGUUCUAUGUCAUUUCUGGAUGGGUACAAGUGAACCAUGGCGAUGAUACCAGUAUAGCAGUCAUAUUCAAGACACAAAGUGGUUUUCAACAUGCUGCUUGGGUCAAUGCUAAAUCUGGUUGUUGGUCCAUGUUUAAGGGUGGACUAGCAAAUGCUUCCGGUCCUGCUCAGCUAUAUUUUGAGACCAAUAAUACAUCAAUCGACAUAUGGGCAGACAGUAUUUCAGUACAACCAUUCAGCCAAGAAGAAUGGGAGUCCCAUCAAAAUCAAAGCAUUGAAAAGGUACGCAAAAGCAAAGUGGCAAUCCAAGUAGUAGACUCACAAGGCAAGCCUUUACCUAAUGCAACAAUCUCCGUAGAACAAAGAAGAGCCGAUUUUUCAUUUGGUGUUACUAUCAACAAAAACAUACUUAACAACAAUGCUUACCAAAAUUGGUUCUUUUCAAGAUUCAAGGUCACGGUAUUUGAAGAUGAAAUGAAAUGGUACAGUACCGAGGCAACUCAAGGCAAUGUAAACUACUCAACUGCUGAUGCAAUGGUCGAAUUAUGCAAGAGCAAAGGUGUUGCUGUCCGAGGCCAUAAUAUAUUGUGGGAUGACCCCAACCAUCAACCAACUUGGGUCCCUGCACUCUCCCCACAACAACUCUCUGUCGCUGCUGAUAAAAGGGUCGAGUCAGUCGUCGCGAAAUACAAAGGCGAAAUUUUUCACUGGGAUGUUAUUAAUGAAAAUCUUCACUUCAACUUCUUCGAGAGCAAACUUGGUCCAAAUGCAUCUACUCACUUUUUUCGUCUGGCUUCUCAGUUUGAUAAUACAACUCUCUUCUUAAAUGAUUUUUUUACAAUAGAAAAGACAUACGAAACAUCAUCACCAGCAAAUUACCUCAAGAAGAUUAAGCAAUUAAGGAAAGAAGGGUAUGGUGGUCCUCUUGGAAUUGGAUUGCAAGGACAUUUUUCUUUGCCGAUCCCUCCUUAUAUUAGGUCCGCACUCGAUAUGCUUGCUUCUGCAAAAUUGCCUAUCUGGAUCACUGAGUUGGAUGUUACUAAUACUACAAAUCAGGUAAUAUUCUUGGAUCAAAUUAUAAAGGAGGUAGUUAGUCACCCAGCUGUUGAAGGCGUACUAAUUUGGUCAGCAUGGAAACGAUAUGGAUGUUAUCGAAUGUGUUUGACUGAUAAAAAUUUCAACAAUUUGCCUACUGGAGAUGUUGUGGACAAAACUCGUGUGACAUUGUCACAUGAGGGCUUGGUUGGGAUUACGAAUGCAGAGGGUUAUUUUGAGACUUCACUGUUUCAUGGAGAUUACAAAGCCAUUGUUGCUCAUCCUUCGGUUCCAAAGUCAUUCCAAUACAAUUUUACAGUGACGCCCAAUGGUGGAAGUGAUCAUGUGAAAUCAUUAAGUUACAAAUUCACUACUGCAUGA